GUCAACUCUUGCUCACCGCUCAACGCCCCUGACUUGAUUCGACUCGGUUUAACAUCUUCCCAUUGACGCCAUGUCUAUCCAGGUGGAAACCCGCACCAACGCCACGGCCCUCAACGCCAACGGGGCCAAGCACCCGGCGGUGAAGGAGACGUGGAAGAUCCCGCCAUCCAACUGGCAGGCCUUGAUCCAUCCCCGCGUUGAGGAGGUUUCCCGCGAGGUGGACGGCUACUUCCUCGAGCACUGGAACUUCCCCGACGACCGUGCCCGGUCCACGUUUCUGAAGGCUGGCUUCUCCCGUGUCACAUGCUUGUACUUUCCGCUGGCCAAGGACGACCGGAUCCACUUUGCCUGCCGUCUGCUCACGGUGCUCUUCUUAAUUGAUGACAUCCUCGAGGACAUGUCGUUCGCGGACGGCGAAAGGCUCAACAACAGACUGAUAGAGCUCUCUAAAGGUCCCAAAUAUGCGACCCCAGACAGAUCCAUCCCGGCCGAGUUUGUUAUCUUCGACCUGUGGGAGAGCAUGCGGAAGCAUGACUUCGAGCUCGCCAACGAGGUGCUCGAGCCGACCUUUAUCUUUAUGCGAUCGCAGACCGACCGGAUCCGGCUGAGAAUCACGGAGCUUGGCGAGUACCUGCGGUAUCGCGAGAAGGACGUGGGCAAGGCCCUCCUUUCCGCCCUCAUGCGCUACUCCAUGGACUUGCGCCCUACUCCGGACGAGCUCAGGCUCCUGCGGCCGCUCGAGGGGAACUGCUCUAAGCAUCUCUCGGUGGUUAACGAUAUCUACAGUUUUGAGAAGGAGGUGCUCGCUGAAAAGACGGGCCACGCCGAGGGCGCAUACCUGUGCUCGGCGGUCAAGGUGGUGGCGGCUGAUACGUCGCUGAGUAUCGCCGCCACCAAGCGGGUGCUGUGGUCCAUGGUGCGUGAGUGGGAGCUCGUUCACGAUGCCAUGGCCGAGGCUCUCGGCCUGCAGCUCAGCCAAAGCCAGGCCGUCCGUGACUACGUGCGGGGGUUGCAGUACCAGAUGAGUGGGAAUGAGCUCUGGAGCAAGACGACGCCGCGGUAUCUGGAGCCGAUUCAAGAGACGGGCGGUCAGUUGUAAUCAUGACAAGGCGCAAAUAGGUGUUGCUGCAUCUCAAAGGCAUCAGAAUUAUCUGUUGGUACGCUGUCGUUGCCCACACUUAAAGAGGUCGAAAUAAAUAUUAUUCUUAUUCC